GUGGCGGACUGUAUCUGUGCUGUGUUUUGGUAAUAUCCAAAGAAGAAGAACUGAGCCCUUAUGCGGAAGUAAAUUUUCUUCUUACGAUUACAUUUAACUUGUUUUCUCCAUUUAGUUAAUUUAUCAUUUUGGGAUAGUAGAGGACGAUGGUGUAGAUUAGUCCUUUAACUCUUAAAUUCGUCAUACGAGUGUAAAAUGGCACUCGUUUGUUCAGUUGUAAUAAAAUAAUGGCGUUUUGCACUGAUGGUCUGAAGACCAAGUCUUUACCAGAAUGACGUCACAAAAGCAGCCGUGAGUGUCGCUGAGAGAUUAAAUUAUGCUCCGUCGUAUUUUGUCGUCGUGGUUUUGGUUCGGAUCGGAUCACUCUGGGUUCAUUUUAGGAACAUUUUCAUUAGUAGCUCUAAUACUGCUGAUGUAUGUUGGAGGGAUCCAGUCAGCUCUAACCGUCGGUCCAGGUGGAGACCUGCCUAAAAUGAAAGAUGUCUUGGUGCAUUCUUUCAGUCACGAUGAGCUUCAUUCUCUCCUCGUCAGUGUUGGUCUCCUGCUCUUGUUUGGACCGUGCCAGGAGCGUCGAUGGGGAACAGUUGCCUUCCUUGCCCUCUCUAUCCUGACGAUAGCCAUGUUACCUCUUCUUUAUGUUGUGGUCCUUUUCGUUGGUGGUGGUGAGGCUAGUCGGAUCUGUGGUUACUCUGCUGUCCAGCUGGCCCUGUUUACAGUACAGUGUCGUCAGACGACACAGAGGAGACCGCUGAGGUGCUUGCCGAUUUGGUUCCUACCUUGGCUUUUCCUGCUGGUUGGUCUGUUGCUGCUGCCCAGUACACCUGCUCUGCUCCAUUUUUGUGCAAUAUGCAUCGGACACAAUUAUCGUCAGUCCUUUAUUGGGAUGUUGCAGGAGCUGGAAAAGGUCAGAGUUUUUGACUUCAUUCCUGAUUGGGUGUGCAUUUUCACAUCUGCUCGGCUGAGGCUGCCAACCUACACAACCUCGCACAGAUCACCUUCUGAGGUGAUGUUCAUAGAUCAGGCAGUGCUUCCUCUCACCCAGAGGGAUUCUUCACCUUUGAAGCAACAUUCACAGCUGGGACCCACACCUUCCUGGUUAAUGGAAACAUCUGCAUUGCUGUCUGAGACGGAGGUGCUGGAGGAACAGAUGCUCAGGGCAGGGAUACUGGCCUCUUUACAGAAUGCUCCUGAAGAUCCUGACGCAAAAGCAGUGGUUCCAAAAUCAUCUGUCUCCUCUCUACGACUGCAGCAGUUGGAGAAAAUGGGAUUCCCCACAGAGAAGGCUGUAGUUGCACUUGCGGCCUCCAAACAGCUAGAUGGUGCCAUCUCCUUGCUGAUUGAAGACAGUGUUGGAGAAGAGGCUGUGGUAGUGUCCAAAGGGAAGAGUCGACUAACCACCACAUAGCACUGGUGACCUCACCUUUGGUUUUGGGUAGUGGUCAUAUGCUUAGGUUUUGCUGAGCAUAUCUGAUGUAAAAUUUUCCCUGAGGGUGACAUUUUUUUUCUUCUUUUGUAAAACUUUGAAAUUUACUGAGUAACCAUGCAAACUCUUGUUUUGCAAGGGCAUUUCUAUGUCUGUACAUACAUUUUUAGAACACUUACAAGUAGCUGGGCUCCCGAUCUGUACACCUACAACCCCUGGCAAAAAUUAUGGAAUCACCGGCCUCGGAGGAUGUUCAUUCAGUUGUUUAAUUUUGUAGGAAAAAAGCAGAUCACAGACAUGACACAAAACUAAAGUCAUUUC